UGCUCCCUGAGCCGUGAGUUCGGCUCUCUACCAGGAAAUUCCACAUUGAAGUAGCGCUCCCUUCCCGUCACGCUGCCCCGUGACAGCUGGGUGUGCUCAGGUCAAAGACCGCCGCUGUUUGAAAGAAAUGAUUUUGUGCUUAAUGGGAUGCGGAUCGUGAGGACAGGUGAAGGCCUUCCUUAAACUGUUCCCUUCUUUAUUCCUGACAUAAACAAUGACUGACUGUGAUUGACGACAACACCAUGGAGAUCCAGAAGAAGUUUUCUUCCUGUUGGGACAGGUUUUUGGGGUGUUUUAAAAAAGAGAGUGAGUCUGGAGACGCGACCGACGGCAGGGAGAAACCAACAGUCAUUGCGAACCCCGGCGCUACUGAAAAAGAACCGAACUUUCAAGCAAGAAGAAAUUUGCCGCCGCCGCCGCCGCAGCCAGCGUCCACAGCUGGGGAGUUUUAUAUCGCGCUGUAUGAUUACUCUGCCCGCACCGGGGAGGACCUCAGCUUCAACACCGGGGACACUUUAGAGGCCCUGGACAGAAGUGCCGGUGAUUGGUGGCUCGCAAAAGCCCUCACUGGUGUUUCAGCCUCCAAACAGGGAUACAUCCCCGCUAACUAUGUGGCGCCUGUGGAGAGCAUUGAUGCGGAACCAUGGUAUUUUCCCGAUACCAAGAGGCUGGAUGCGGAGAAGAUGCUGCUGGCUGGAGGGAACCAGCAAGGUGCCUUCCUCAUCAGAAACUGUGAAAGUCAGCAGGGAGAGCUCUCUCUCUCAGUGCUCGACAAUGGCAAGGUGAAGCAUUACAAGCUCAGAAAACUGGAUAAUGGUCACUACUUUGUGUCAAAGACCAAAUCCUUUCAAACACUGAAGGAUUUGGUUGAACAUUAUUCCAGACAGCCCGAUGGCCUCUGUGCAUGUCUGCGCGAGCCGUGCAAAAAGAUAGAGGUCCCACAGACUUAUGGUCUGUCCUACAACACAGUGGAUCAAUGGGAGAUCGAUCGCAACUCCAUCAGGCUUCUGAAGAAGCUGGGAGCGGGACAGUUUGGUGAGGUCUUUGAAGGCGUAUGGAAUGAAACCACAGCAGUUGCGGUGAAGACGCUCAAACAAGGCACCAUGGACCCUGACGACUUCCUGAGAGAGGCUCAGAUCAUGAAGAGGUUGCGGCAUCCCAAGCUCAUUCAGCUGUAUGCCGUUUGCACCUUGCAGGAGCCCAUCUACAUCAUCACAGAGCUGAUGAAGAACGGCAGCCUGCUGGAGUACCUUCAAAAGGAUAAAGGCAGAACACUGCGUAUCUCAGAUCAAAUCGAGAUGGCUGCGCAGGUGGCGUCAGGCAUGGCUUUCCUGGAGUUACAGAACUACAUCCACAGAGACCUGGCAGCCAGAAACGUCCUAGUGGGCGAGAACAACAUCUGCAAGGUGGCUGACUUUGGCCUCGCCAGGGUCUUCAUAAAAGAGAAUGAAAAUGUGUACGAAGCCAAAGAAGGAACUAAAUUCCCUGUGAAGUGGACCGCUCCAGAGGCCAUCAACGAUAACAGGUUCACUAUCAAAUCUGACAUUUGGUCCUUUGGAAUUUUGCUCUUUGAAAUUGUGACUUUUGGCCAGAUGCCGUAUCCAGCCAUGACAAACUUCCAGGUGGUCCAGAAACUGGGUGAGGGCUACAGGAUGCCGUGCCCCGCCAACUGCCCCAAAGUCUUAUAUGACAUUAUGAAGGACUGCUGGAAGGAAAAUGAACAGGACCGGCCCACAUUCGAGACUCUGCAGUGGAAGCUGGAGGACUACUUUGAACAGGAUGUGACGUCCUAUGAUGAUGCCACUCGCUAUUAGCACAAUGACUAGGCUAUGAUCUUAGAAAAAAAACUAAAAAGAAAAAGUCUGUGUACACAAAAUCACUUGAAUCCAAACAUGAAUACAAUGACAUGCAGUGACACAUUCAAAUGCCAUUUAAAACUCCACUUAGAACAGUGAAAUUAGGGUCUACAAUGGAGAAAGCAGAAUGCAGUUGUAACAGCACUCCUGCUCUUGGACUAAUGAACACUCUUUCAGAGAUGCAGAAACAUGUCUAACUUAAUUCCUGCAGAACACUUCCACUCUCGCACCAACUGGUUCUGCUUGUUUCAAGCAUAGCAAACAUUCUUUCCACUGAUGACUAGCUAGUGGUAAAAUAUCCAUUGCCUUGAGGGAUCAAUGAGUUACGGUGACUUAGAAGCUCAAUCUGCUUCAGUCCUGUUGUCUUGGAGUGAGUAGCAGGCGCUGUCAUUUUAUCUCAUUCAUUGCUGCUGUUGGGGUCCAAGGACAGCAGCCAAAGCUGGGGCCACUAAUAAGAGUUAUCAAAUAUUGAUGAGCCAUCAAAGAAAAACACAUUUCCAAAAUAAGCAAUACUAGCAGAACUAAAUACACAUCUUAAUACACUGGCUGUGACUCUUCUUAUACUGCGCUGCAUUUAACCAUUAGAAAGAGUCACAUGUGGCCACAUUGGCUGUUGUUCCAUAAAAGUUCACAGUGAAAGCACAAGGACCCCCCCCCCCCCCCCCCCCCAAAAAAAAGAAGUACUGUGAAUUUAAAGUUUUGAACAGCCCAUUAGCAUGACAUAUUUUUUUUCAUUUGUCAGCAUUAAAUAUUUGCAUGAAUAUUUUGUUUGUACCUAAGUCACAGCAUCCUCACACCUGUCUGCUGUCACGCUUCUGCUCAUGCGUUUUACUUCAGUCUGAUGCUCUGACUGAAUUCUGUCCAGGCUGCUCUCAGAUCUGUGGGUUUUUCUGACUAAAUGGAACUGCAACAGUGAAGAAAUCAGUUUCUUAAUGCAUUUACUAAACUGGUGUUUUAGCUCAUACUGAUUUUUUUAUGUGUCUGUGUUUUUAUAUAUCAGUAUCAUGCACAAGUUCCUGUUAAUUGUACAUUGUAAUCUUGACAGUGUUUAUAAUCAUUUUGUAUUUUAACUGAAUUAUUCU